GAUCAUUCCGCCAUGUUAUGAGAUGAGAUGAUGAUUGGGAGGUGUGAAAAGAACUUUAAAUGACAGUCAGCUGUUUACAUUUCCAUCCUCUUUUAAGUCACACUUAUUCACACAAUCUAUCAAACCAGAAAAUUACGAUAGUUUGCGCGUAAAUUCCUCAAAAUCACAUUUUAGCAGAGAGAAUGUGUCUGUCAACAGCAUAUUUCUACUCUUGAGGAGUGAACACGUCAACUCGGUCAACUGACUGUCUACCACGAGAUUCACAGGGAAUGUGUUACUGAUAGAUAACCAGGGAAGAAGAGACAAGAAGUGUACAAGUCAUGGAUGAAGACGAACGUAAGAAGAUAGAGGAGAUUGGGAAGAUGACGUCCCUCUCCCAGGAAGAGAUCAUCAGUGGUACAAAGACGAUAAUGCAAGGCCUGGACACGCUGAAAAAUGAACAUCACCAGAUUCUUAAUGGACUGCUCUCCUCCAUGAAAACCAUCAAGAAAGAAAAUGAAGAUACAAAUCUGAUGGAGGAGAAGACUAAUCGCCUCAAAAAGUCACUGGAGACCAUAGAACUAGGCCUCAGUGAAGCACAGGUAAUGAUGGCCUUGGCAAAUCAUCUCCAGCAUGUGGAAGCAGAAAAACAAAAAUUACGAGCACAAGUGAGACGUCUCUGUCAAGAAAAUGCCUGGCUUAGGGACGAGCUGGCCAACACGCAGCAGAAACUGCAGGGGAGUGAACAGAGAGUGGCCACCCUAGAGGAGGAACAAAAACAUCUCACGUUUAUGAAUGAGAUGAGAAAAUAUGAUUCAUCAGACCCUAAUCAACAAUCACAGACCUCAGAAGGAGAGAAAGAAUCUGACCAAUCAACACAGUCCUUGGACCUCGGCUUUCCCGACGAUGACGAUGAACCUCCACAACAAGAAGUCCUUUCUCCCUCACAACCCAGUGCCAUGGCCCAGGCUGCCAGUGGAGGGUACGAGAUUCCUGCGCGACUACGCACUCUUCAUAAUCUAGUCAUCCAGUACGCCUCUCAGGGCCGCUAUGAAGUGGCUGUCCCACUUUGUAAGCAAGCCUUAGAGGACUUAGAGAAGACCAGUGGCCAUGACCAUCCUGACGUAGCAACUAUGCUAAACAUUCUAGCUCUAGUAUACAGAGAUCAAGGCAAAUAUAAGGAGGCUGCCAAUUUACUGAAUGAUGCCCUGGGCAUCAGAGAGAAAACACUCGGUCUUGAUCAUCCGGCUGUGGCGGCAACACUGAAUAAUUUAGCUGUUCUAUAUGGAAAGAGGGGCAAAUAUAAAGAAGCAGAACCUCUAUGUAAAAGAGCAUUAGAAAUUAGAGAAAAGGUUUUAGGAAAAGAUCAUCCAGAUGUUGCUAAGCAGUUAAAUAAUUUAGCCUUACUUUGUCAAAAUCAAGGAAAAUAUGAAGAGGUUGAGCAAUAUUAUCAGCGAGCUCUUGAAAUUUAUGAAACCAAAUUGGGACCAGAUGACCCCAAUGUUGCUAAAACUAAGAACAACUUGGUGGAACAUUAUUAUAAAAGAGCUUUAGAAAUAUACCUCAUACGUUUAGGUAGAGAUGACCCAAAUGUAUCCAAAACAAAAAAUAAUCUGGCAUCAGCAUAUCUCAAACAAGGGAAGUAUAAGCAGGCAGAGGCUUUAUAUAAAGAAGUCCUAACUAGAGCUCAUGAAAAAGAAUUUGGAAAAGUAGAUGGUGAAAAUAAACCUAUAUGGAUGCAAGCUGAAGAAAGAGAAGAAAAUAAAGGUAAAAGUAAGGAAGGAUCUCCACUGCCUGAGUAUGGGGGCUGGCAUAAAACUGCCAAGGUUGACAGUCCGACAGUCACAACCACUCUUAAGAAUUUAGGAGCCUUGUACAGGAGGCAGGGAAAAUAUGAAGCUGCAGAAAUGCUAGAGGAAUGUGCAAUGAGAUCCAAGAAGAGUGCCCUGGAUGUGGUCAAACAGACCCAGGUCUUGGGUGCUGACUAUUCUAAAGACCACUUACCCCCCACCAAUCCGGGGCGGCGGCGAUCGGGAAGUAAAGAUCGGGGGUUCAGGAACUCCACAGAAAAUGUGUCACAUAUUGGUGAUACGGAGGAUGGAAAAUUAAAGAGAAGUGGGUCCUUCACCAAACUGCGAGCUUCCAUUCGACGGUCCAGUGCUAAGUUGGUGCAGAAACUAAAAGGAAAGGGCACAGGCGAAGAAACGGGCAGCGUUUGGAGUUUGCCAGGGUCAGGGUACCUGGAUACUCCCAUUCCCCGUUACUGGGACGAAUCUAGCGGCCCCGCCUACUCUAGAUCUGGUAUGAAAAGAGCAAGUUCCAUGUCAGUUCUCAACACAAGCAGUAACCAACCAGAUAAAUUAAGUGAAAGCAGGCGGUCGUAUGGGGAUCUAAGAGGGCAGGGCAGGACGGCCAGUUCCGACCACUUAAUCAACCGACCGUUCUGAUGCCGGCUUGGUGUGCAAUCACGUGGGCUGAUAUCAUCAUUCCUGACACUUGUGAUAGGGUUCAGAGUCAGCCCCACCCCUCCACUUCAUACUGUUAUCACCCCCCGGGGCUGUGUACUUAUUUCAAACUCCUUGUGUGUGAUUCUGAGAGAAUUAGUGGCUUAGUCACAGUGUAAAUUGCUUCAAUAAAAGUACUUUCAUCAUUUUGCCACAUUGUUCUGUGUCAAACGCUGUCACGUCAAGAUCAACUUCAUUGUUACGGAUUAUUUAUUAUUAUUAUAACAGCAUGUUAUUUAUUUUCUUUGGUCAGUUUGCUGUCAUAUGUCAUCACUGUAAAUGACCAUUCGAAUUUGGUGUUCAUAUUCUAUAUUUAGCUUCUUAAAUGUUGAAAAAACCAAUGAAACUUCAACAAUUGAAAUUGUAAGUGAUUGUUGUUGCUGUUCUUUAAAUAAUGCAUGUAGUUGGGUAUUUCAUAGAAUUUCUCACUGAAGGGUUAUUUUUAUUUUUUGUAUAAUAAAAACAAAGUCUGUACAAUGCAAUGUGUAAGAAAGAUUAAUUUUCCCCAUAAUUUUAUCGUAAGGGAGAAUAUUUGACAGUUUUGCUUUCUAGAGUAUCAUUUGAGAGCACAUUUCACGGAUAGUGAUAAUAAAAGGAUGAAACGGGUGGAUGGUAUAGUUUAAUUCCAAAGCUUAAGUAUGCUUCUGUUUGCUUGCAUUCUGAAAAAUGUUUAAAUAAUGUUGAGGGUGGGGAAAAGAAAUAAUGUUCUAGAUUUCCUUUAAGUUUAUAAACAAUACGUCUGCUAUAAGGAAUACAGAGCUAAUUGAUGAAGCUUGGACAUGGUCUGUCAUGAGUAAUUCCAUCUGUGCUCCUAAUACCAUAUAUACAUGUACCUAUAUUAGCCUUUUAAAUAUGACUUGGUUCUUCACUAUUUUCACUUGUAAAAUUUUAUUUUUUAUUGGAAAAAAGCUUGAAGGAUCUUUGCAUUUUUCACUUUCUUUGACAUAUUGCAGUCCUUGGGAAUCCACAAAUUGGUUAAAGAAAAUUUGCCAAACAGGUUGUGUUCAGAGUUUCCUGAAUUUGAUUUUUGCAUAGUUUUGAAUACUCACAUUUAGGGAUCUCCUUUUGCUGCCUCCUAUGUUCUGUAUAGAAAUUUGAAGUUGAUUCUUGUUAGAUUCAUGUUUAUUAAAUUUGUUUUAUUUUCUCAAUGCCACCAUUAGCACAAUUUCCCACAGGAAUUGGCCAAGGAUGUGGAAGUUAAUUUGUGUUGAGUUGUGAACAAAAUGGGGUACAAGUUAAAUGUGGAAUGAAUGAAUAAGAAGGGUUUCAGGUGAUCUCAGAAUGAACUUUGUGCACUUAUUGAGAUGUGAAAUCAGAUGAAAGCCUCAUUUUCUUAUCAGCUUUGAUAUGUUUAUUUUCAAAGUGCUGUAUGAUUUUUUUUUUUAUUUUUAUGUUUGGUAUGUAUAUGUGCUAUUAUUGCUUAUGUGAUAAUUUACAUGAACAAAAUAUUUUUGUUGAGAGCUGAAAUUUUGUUAUUUAGGUAGGCACACUAGAAUAGGGGUUAAUGUUUAUUUGUAGAAAGUAUAAUUUGCAGUGCUCAGGGCUUUGGUUAUGUUGUAGAUCAAUUGCUUGCCAAUUUUUAAAUGAAGUGCUUAUGAUAAGCAUGCCCUACUUUCUUUUUUUCUGUUACGGCUAUGUCGAAAAGAAAAAUACAUGUAUUUUACAUGUUUGAAUUUUUAUACAUGUUCCUUAUAAGGAAUGUGUGAUCUGGGUAAAUAGUUAUAUUUCAAGUUUCAAUUACUCCUUACAAUGGCAUGAAGUGUUUCAUGAUUGUCCCAGAUGUACUGUUUGUAUUUAUAUAAACAUUCCUGUUCUAUCAUUAGUGUGAAGGGAAAGGGGAGGCUACUAGUACAUGUACUUAUGUGCAAACUGAAGUUGUGAUUUUUAUGAAAACUGUGUAAGACAUGAUAUUAAACCAGUUUACGUUGUAGAUAUUAAUCCUUUAUUCAGUGUUCAAUGGAAGCUAUUUUUAGUGAUGAUAUAGGAUUUUAAGGUAACCUGAAAUUUUUUUCUUACUUCAAACAUGGGAAGUAAUACCCACAGAUUUUUAAUUCUGAACUGUAGAUGGAUAUGAUAAUGGUAGCAAAAAUUGCUGACAAAUAGUAAUAUAUAAAUGUUUAAGAAAUUAGUAAUAUAAUACAGAUUAUUUGAUACCAAGUCAUCUAGCCAUGCCUGAUAUAUGGAGUCCAAUGGCCUCCUGUUGUGAUAUCAUUUGUUUUUUUGCAAGAAUGGGUGUAUAUUGUUGCUGUAAUUUGUUGCCAAUGUACUGAUUAUAAAGCUAAUGUAUGCAAUAUAAUAUUUGUACAAUAAAUUAUGAAAUCUAAUUUCUUUCUGUCAUGACACUUUAUAGAAAUGAAUUAAUUAAAUAUGAAUAAAUUUAA